UCGCGACUGAUUGGAAAGGCUGCACCUAAAGGACCGGGUACAACACCUUAGUAGACCGGUAGGAUCUACUUUGGCCAAUAAGGAGCGCAUGGUUGUCACAUACUAUGUCAAGGAUGUAGUCUGUACAUUCUCCUAUGGAGGAAGGGAACUUAAUCACAAGAUUUCAUUCCUGGUUAGCGACGACUUACCAUUUGAUAUGCUGUUAGGAAUGUACUACCUUGAGGUUGCCAAGCCCCAGUUUGACUGGGACAAGAAGGUGCUAAGGCAUAAGUUGCAGGAUGGAAGGACUGUGAGACUGGCUAAGUAUAAGGCCAGUAGCUUAAUAGAAACCUAUGGCUGCUUGUGCACAUCAACGUUCUAUAAUUAUUAUAAACAAAACCAAGAGGAGGGUAUGUACCUAGUGUAUGUCUCUGAGAAAGGGGAGGCCAUUAAAACACCCCCAGAGAUAGAACACGUCGUUGCUAAGUUCCCUGAUCUGUUCACAGAGCCCACAGAAGUCGUAGAAAGGGAAAUUAUCCACGCCAUAGAAAUUAUUCCAGGGAGUAAAACCCCAAAGGGAAGGAUCUAUAGGAUGGCUCCGGCCAAGUUAGACGAACUUCGGCGACAACUGAAAGAGCUGACAAAAAAGGGAUGGAUACGGCCGAGUACUUCCCCCUUCGGAUCUCCAGUGCUAUUUGUACCGAAGAAGGGGGGUACAUUGAGGAUAUGCAUUGAUUACAGAGGCCUCAAUGCCAUCAUAGUGAAAAACGCAGAGCCUCUACCUCGCAUAGACGACCUAUUGGAUAGGGUGCAGGGAUGUAAGUACUAUAGCAAGAUAGACUUAAAGUCCGGCUACCACCAGAUUGCUAUAAGACCUGAGGAUCAACACAAGACUGCUUUUCAGACCCGAUACGGUCUGUAUGAGUUUGUAGUGAUGCCCUUUGGCCUUUGCAAUGCCCCGGGUACGUUCCAACACGCCAUGAAUAGGAUCUUCCAUGACUACUUAGAUAAGUUUGUCGUCGUGUACCUUCACGAUAUUCUUAUCUUUAGUAAGUCUGUCGAGGAGCAUGCACAGCACGUUGAGACUGUACUUUCACUCUUGCAACAGCACAAGUAUAAGGUCAACCUAGAUAAAUGUGAGUUUGGACGCACUAGGAUCUUGUACUUGGGUCAUGAAGUAUCUGCGGAAGGGAUUAGGCCGGAAGAUGCGAAGGUGGCUCGUAUCAGGGAUUGGCCACGACCUCAGACUGUUACUGAGGUCAGAUCUUUCUUAGGGAUGUGCGGCUACUAUAGGAACUUUGUGAAGAACUAUUCCACAAUCGCCUCUCCUUUGACUGAUCUAACUCGACUUGACACACCUUGGGACUGGAGUGAUGAGUGCGAGGCUGCUUUCAAACGAUUGAAGCAUGCACUCAUGAAUCAUGAGGUUCUCAUGGUGCCCGAUCCUCAGAAGCCUUUCAUUGCGACCACUGACGCGAGCCAAUAUGGCAUUGGCGCAAUGCUGGCUCAGCAGGAUGGGAAGAAGUUGAGACCGAUUGAGUACAUGAGCAAGAAAAUGCCAUCAAAGAAAAUGGCGAAGUCCACCUACGAAAGGGAACUCUAUGCUCUCUACAAGGCAUUUGUCCAUUGGAGGCACUUUCUGUUGGGACGGUUCUUCUAUUUGAGAACUGACCAUCAGACCCUUAAAUGGAUCAAGACUCAACCGGCUCUUUCUGAUGCACUCAAGCGCUGGAAUGAGGUCAUAGAUCAGUACGACUUCAAGCUAGAGUAUCUGAAGGGAGAGUAUAACAAGGUUGCAGAUGCGCUGUCACGUAGGGCAGACUACCUAGGGGCGCUAGUUUCUGAGUUUGGUGUAUCUGAGGAAGUAAUUGAGUCACUGGUGGGAGCCUAUCAGGAAGACCCUGUCACAAUGGACAUCAUACGCGAACUUCAGGCAAAAGAUAAGGCCACAGACGAUGAGUUUGUGAUGGUGGACGGGUUACUCUUUCUUGAUAAGGCCGGGUGUAAAAGAUUAGUGGUACCAUCUAGAGAGAGUUUGCGCAGUUUAUUUCUAGGGGAAUGUCAUGACGCAACUAGACACUUUGGCUACAAAAAGACAAGUGUCAAUCUAGUACAACGAUUUUGGUGGCCCAGAAUGCUAGAUGAUGCAAAGAAGUAUGUGGAGACCUGUCAGGUCUGUCAGCGGGACAAGCCACGAACUCAAGCACCGUUUGGGUUGCUGAAGCCCUUACCUAUCCCCGCUGGUCCGGGGCAGAGUGUUUCCAUGGAUUUCAUGGACACCUUGGUGACCAGUAGGAGUGGCAAGAGGCACAUCUUUGUCAUCAUAGACCGAUUCACCAAGUACGCUAGAUUAACAGCCAUGCCAGAGACUGCAAGGACUGAACACGUCAUCAAGUUGUUUAUGGACAACUGGGUGCGUGAUUUUGGACUUCCAAAGUCAAUCGUUAGUGACAGAGAUGUCUGCUUCACAAGUGACCUGUGAAAGACUGCUGAGCAAUUGGGCAGUCAACUUCAGAUGACUUCCGGGAAUCACCCCGAAGCCAAUGGACAGGCCGAACAGAUGAACAAAGUUGUACAACACCU